CUGUCUGGUUGUAGCAUCACAGAGCUUGAUGGGAACUUUCACUCUGAGACCCUUUUAUGGAUAAGAAAACUGAGGCUGGGGUGGCAGGAGCAGCUUACUCCAGAGGUCCUCUCUCCCAGAGGGCUAGAGUUGGAUAAGCAGGGUCUCUGGGGGGCAGCAAGACCCAGCUCCAACUGUGGUUCUUCUGCCUUCUGGCUGUGUGACUCAGGCGGGUUGCUCAGCUUCUCUGAGCUGUUGUGGUUCGCCACUGCAGUGUGGCAGGUGUUGGUGCCUUGCUCGGGGAAUGCAGUGUCUAGCCUGGUAUCCUUAGAAAGUGGCUGAGGUUGGAGACUGCUGGGGCAGAGUCCCUGAAGCUGACCCAUUCCUGCCUUGGACCUUCACGGAGAUGCUGCUGGAAGUGAUGCUGUGUGCUGCGGACCCGCCUGGGGUUCAUGGAGUGGGCCACGGGGCCCAGCCCUGAGCACUGUUGUACCCAGGCUCGCCGCGCCUGCUGCUGAGGAGUCCCCGCACUGCUGGCUCUCACCACUGCCCUCGCCUGCCGAUGGCCUCUGCUGCCCAGCCUGGGGCCAGCUCUACCGCCUGAGCCCCCUGCCCCCCUCCAGGACUCACCGUACCCUGAUGGGGUAACGUGACAGAGGCCCCGCACGUCAGAGGCCGCUGUCCCCACGGCCGCUGCCCGUGACCCCUGGCCCAAGGCCUUUGGAGUUGGUUCAGUUCAAGUUCAUUCUUCCUUUGGCCCUUGGGGGCUUGGGGCCCACCUCUGAGUGAAGGGGGCUGUCUGCCCAUCCACCGAUGUGGAGAGGGCGCCCCCAGCGUGGGGUCCAGCUCUGGACGCUGCUUGGCGGCCGGAUUCUCUUUGGGCUUUUAAGUUUUCUUUGCUGAGGUAUUUUGGUUGUUCUUUUUAUUUUUUGCCUCUUUAUGACUAUCCAGCUGUGAGAGACAGGAGUUUGGAGUUGCCCGCUUUACUUUGGGUGGGAGUGGGGGGCUGUUUUUUUUCUUUUCUUUUUUAAGAAUUGGGUUUUCUUUUUUAAUUAUCCAAACACUGGGCAGCUUCCUCCCCCACACCUAACUAUUUGCACAAUAUUUGUGCGGGGUAUGGGGGUGGGUUUUUAAAUCUCGCUUUUCUUGGACAAGCACAGGGAUCUUGUUCUCCUCAUUUUUGGGGGGUACGUGGGGACUUCUCAGGACGUGUCCCCAGCCUUCUGUGUAGUCCCUUCUGCCCUGCCGGGCCCGUCGGGAGGCGCCAUGGCUCGGAUGAACCGCCCGGCCCCGGUGGAGGUGAGCUACAAACACAUGCGCUUCCUCAUCACCCACAACCCCACCAACGCCACGCUCAGCACCUUCAUCGAGGACCUGAAGAAGUACGGGGCCACCACCGUGGUGCGCGUGUGUGAAGUGACCUAUGACAAAACGCCACUGGAGAAGGACGGCAUCACAGUCGUGGACUGGCCGUUUGACGACGGGGCGCCCCCGCCCGGCAAGGUAGUGGAAGACUGGCUGAGCCUGGUGAAGGCCAAGUUCUGUGAGGCCCCCGGCAGCUGCGUGGCUGUGCACUGCGUGGCGGGCCUGGGCCGGGCUCCAGUCCUUGUGGCGCUGGCCCUCAUUGAGAGUGGGAUGAAGUAUGAGGAUGCCAUCCAGUUCAUCCGCCAGAAGCGCCGUGGAGCCAUCAACAGCAAGCAGCUCACCUAUCUGGAGAAAUACCGGCCCAAACAGAGGCUGCGGUUCAAAGACCCACACACGCACAAGACCCGGUGCUGUGUCAUGUAGCUCAGGACCUUGCCCGGGCCUGGUUGCCCUGCCCAGCCCUGCUCUGCCCAGCCCAGCAGGGGCUCCAGGCCUUGGCUGGCCCCACAUCGCCUUUUCCUCCCAGACGCCUCCGCACACUUGUGUCCGAGGAGCCCCCGGCCCGU